UAAGCGCUGUGUAACAUGACUCCGGCUCUUCUCUUCUCUUCUCGGCUCGCCUCGGAUCUGCUGACGUGUCGGCAGCGGCUCCGCGAUCAACAGCUGCCAGCAUGGCUGCACCGAAGCCCUGUUUUUAUUAUGUUUUUACUCUUGUUCUGUACGCGUGUCUCCCGGAGCAGCGCGGAGCGGCGCUUCUCGGACCUGAAGCGAUGCGCCGAUGAAGAAUGCAGCAUGCUUCUCGGCAGAGGGAAGGCUGACAAGGAUUUCACAGGGCCGGACUGCCGGUUUCUCUCUUUUAAGAAAGGAGAGACGAUAUAUGUAUAUUAUAAACUCUCAGGGCAGAGAUCAGACGUAUGGGCUGGUAGUGUUGGAAACCACUUUGGUUAUUUCCCAAAGGACUAUCUUAAUAUAAAUCAUAUAUAUACUGAAAAAGAACUGGAGGUCCCUACAGAGGAGACCGAUUUUGUUUGCUUUGAGACUGGGCUCGAUAAAUUUGAAAACUAUGACUUAGAUGUGUUAUUAGGCAGCACAUUGUUGCUAGAAAAUGAGAAUUCAACAGAAGAAUCAAAAGAACCAGCUCAGAAUGAAGAUGCAUCUGAAAUGACAACGACCGAAUCAGUGGAGCCUCUUGAAUCAGAGUCAUUAGAUUCAGAAUCAGCAUCUCUUCUUGAAUCAGAGUCAGUAGAUUCAGAAUCAGAAUUGUUUCAUGAAUCAGAGUCAGUAGAUUCAGAAUCGAUUCUUGAAUCAAAGGCAGUUGAUUCAGAAUCGAUUCUUGAAUCAAAGGCAGAUGAUUCAGAAUCGAUUCUUGAAUCAAAGGCAGAUGAUUCAGAAUCGAUUCUUGAAUCAAAGGCAGAUGAUUCAGAAUCGAUUCUUGAAUCAAAGGCAGAUGAUUCAGAAUCGAUUCUUGAAUCAAAGGCAGAUGAUUCAGAAUCGAUUCUUGAAUCAAAGGCAGAUGAUUCAGAAUCGAUUCUUGAAUCAAAGGCAGAUGAUUCAGAAUCGAUUCUUGAAUCAAAGGCAGAUGAUUCAGAAUCGAUUCUUGAAUCAAAGGCAGAUGAUUCAGAAUCGAUUCUUGAAUCAAAGGCAGAUGAUUCAGAAUCUGUAGAAGCUCCUGAAACAGAGACAUUACUGAAAUCUACUGAAGAGGACUCUGAUAGCUUUCGUCCAAAUGCAGAUGUUUCAUCAGAACCGAUAUCUGAAUCUAAAGAUGCACUAACAGAAGAGACAGAAGAUAUUUCAAUAAGCCAAGAUGCUGAGGUCAUUUCUGAGGCUGUAGAAACAGAACUAUCAGAUUCUGAUGAGCAAUAUAUCGAUUAUUCUGAACUUUUGCACAACCAAAGUGACUCUGAUUUUGAGCCACUUGAAACACAAACAGCAGGUUUAGAUGUAGUACAUGAAGAGCCUGCUAAACCAGAGCUAAACGAUAAAGAUAUACCACUACAAACACUAGAGAAAACACUCAAAGAUGAGGACCGGUCAAGCUUUAAAGAUGCAAUCAAAACAGACCAUGAAGGUGAAACGCAUGAGACCGAAUCUUUUGAGGAACUCACCAAAGAAUCGCUUUCAGCUGCUGAUGUUGAAGAACAAGCUGGUCUUGAGGUCAUGCAUGCACAAAGUGAUGUUGAAGAACUAGACGUUAAAAUCCCAGAAUCUUCUCAUCUUCCACACGACGCUAAAACUCCUUCGGAUGCGAGCGAAAACGUCCCAUCUGAACCAGCAUUGGAAACGCACACCGAGUCCGAAAAAGCAUUAAAUGUGAGUGAAAUCACUGAAGAACAUGAUCCAAAGAAGUUCACAAACAAGAUGGAAAACAUUGAAGACCUUCUUCGGAAGGCCAGCAUGAACAAGAAUGAAAGCGCAAACGAUCCUCAGGAUGCACUUACGAACAACGGCGAAGAAGUGAGUGAAUCGAUUGGCGAAGAUGAGAAGUUAAAGGAAGAACUUGUUACAGAAAGCCCAGAAACUGCACCUCUAUUUGACCAAACGGAGGAACAGAUCGAUAAAGUGAAGAACGAACUCGUGAAUCUACUGAAAAACACACUGGAAUCGGAACAACAGAGUCCUGAAGAUGAUGAAGAGUACGUGGACGAGGACACCAAAGAGCUUUUAGAGGAUGAAAAUGCUUUUCUUUCUUCUAAACCUCCGCUCACAGAAGACAUACAUGAACAUGAAAACCAACAACCAUUGAUCGAAUCCCAACAAAGCCAAAACACCACAAAACGAGAAGAAAACGACGCGCUUCGUCUUCCUCCCGAGGAGCCUGAAUACAGCGAUAACGUGCUGAGGCUCACAAUCUUACGAGAUCACCUGAAGGACGAGGAGAUGGAGCGCAUGCAGAAGUACUUUGGACUGAAGAACCUGUUCAAAAUCGAGGCCAUGUUUUCUGAUCUAGAUCUGGAGAUGAAGUCUGCCAGAGAGCUGCAGACGGACACGGAGGAAAUCGAGCGAACGCUGGACCAGAUCAUGGAGGCCUCGGAGAACUCGAUUCUCGACGCGACCGAGGAUAUAUUGAACGAAAGAGAUCGGAAAUCUCAGGAACACGGCCGGCAGAAGGAGCCGGAAGCGUAUGAUUUUGAGGCUGCCAUCUUAGACGUUUUCCAGGAGAUCGUUUUCGCUUUACGACAGAAAUAUUCAGCGGCCAGUGACAGCGCACCGUUGGUCGAGGAAGAACUAUCUGGACCAUCUGAAACAGAUGAAAAAAUUGACUCUGAAGAGGUGAAGGCUUUGGACAGUGACGUCGAAAUGACUGAACCACCCAAGAGUCCUGAAAUUCACGAAGAGCAGAAUGAAUCUGAAGUGAUUCUGAAUUCUGAAUUAAACAUGAACGAAGAUUUGUCUCACACUAAAGACGUGGGUCUGGAGGAGGACGGGGGCCAUUUCAACAGAAAUAAAGAUGCCCAGAUAGGGUUUGAAGACCCUGAGGAGAUUCAGAAGGGUCCUCAUGCUAUUUUGGAGAACCCAGUGGACAUGGGCUUUCACUUUGAAGUGGAUCCAUCUUCAGGUUCACUGGAGUCUCCGAGUGUCUCUGAUUUCCAUGACACUGAAGCGAGCGGUGAUUCCUCCAGCUCGUCAACUUCAGAUGAGCUUUGGGGUUUUGUGCUUCCCGUCAAAGAAUAUCUUGGAGUGUACGGAGAAAUUCUGAUCACUGCUCUUCCGGAGGAAUGGCGACCGGGUCCCAAUUUCCACGGAGUCCCCUGGGAGCCGGUGGUUGCUACGGUGGUUGUCGGGGCCCUCACAGUACUGCUGUUCUUCUGGAGGACCGUUCUUGCUAUCAAAGGCAGAACAUAUCAAUUAACUGAAAAGCAGCUUAGAGACAAGAUCCAGCAGCUUCUCAACGAGAAAUCAGAUGCUGCUAACAAGAUCACAGAACUAAACGACAUGAUAAAAGAGCGCGAACAACAGCUGAAAAACUCUGAGAAAUCACUGAGUUCCAGCCAACAAGAAGUGAAAGGGCUGAAGAAUCGUCACCAGAAGCUCCAGAGCCAAUGGGAGCAGAUGUCUGGGAGCGUUUCGCAGCUCAACCAGAAAAUAGUGGACACGCAGGAAGAAAAUUCAAAUCUUAAUGAGAAGAUAGCCAAAAUGCACCAGAGAAUUGAGAAAUACCAGAAAACACUGAAGAGCUAUGAUGAGGAGCGUGCUAAGGUUCAUGUCCUCAUGGAUGAAGCCAAACUCAGAGAAGAUGCUCUUAAGGCUCAGGUUCUGUCCUUUGAGAAAGAAAAUGGCGCUUUAAAAGAACAGAAGAAAUCUCUCCUCCGUGAUGCUAAAGACUGGCAGGAGAAGCACAAGAAACUGAACGAGGAGAUCCGAGUUUAUCACAAAUCCCAGAAAGAGCUGGAAGACUCUCUGGUGCACAAGGAGAAUGAGAUUGAUGUUUUGUCCAGCUGUAUAGCAGAGCUCAACCGUCUGGGAGCCGGUGAUCCUGCAGAACUGCAGAAAGACGAUGCUAAAAUGUCCAAUGGAGAAGAUGCUGAGAAGAAGAUGGACACCAUGAGACUGCGAAUCAAACAGAUGAUGGACGUCUCCAGGAUUAAAGCGACUCUCGGUGUUGUUGAAGACGAGAGGAAUCGCUACAUGGAAAGUUUCCUCACCGAACAGAAAGCCAGACAGGAGCUGGAGGAGCAAUAUCAGAAGGUCAUGCAUGACCAGAUGAAUCUGAGCAAUGAGAAAACGCAUCUGGAGAACCACUUCAAGACCCUGCAGCAGAGGCUUGAAAUCACCACUGAACUCUACCAGCAGAAAGAGAACGCACUGCAGCAGAAACUGACUCAGGAGGAGCUGGAGAGACGCGAGAAGGUCAAGCUGUCGGAGGUGGACAGUAAAGCUCUGCGCUCGGAGGAGGAGGUGAGAACCCUCAAACAGAAGAUCAAGGACAUCGAGGAGGAGAUGCAGCAGAACGAACGCUCUCUGAAGUCUGAGGUGGCAAUCCAGGAGAAGAAAGCCCAUGAGAACUGGUUGAAAGCCCGCGCCUCUGAACGAACUCUGGUGGAGGAAAGACGAGAGUCGGGCACCCUUCGUCAGAAGCUUGUGGAGUACAGAGAUAAAAUAUCAGACCUGGAGCAAAGUCUGUUCAAACUCAACACUGGACCUCCAGAUCGCCACAUGCCACCACAGAGAAGAGGUGAUUCGUACGGGCCGUCUCCUGUAAGUGGGGGGGCUCCCUCUCCUCCUUUAAUGAUAGAGGGUCCCGGACGCCCCCCCUCUGCACCCGUUGGGCGACGGGGCGAACCGUUCGGUCCACGACCCCCGUCUGACCCUCACGGACGCUUCUCAGACAUCGGACACCCGCUGCCAUCCAGACCAGAAAUGUUUCCUCCGAUGACUUCAUCUCCCUGUGCACAUGAUGGACCGAUGCAGACGGCCCCGGUCAGUGAGACGGCCGAGGCCUCAGAGCAGGUCUCGUCUGAGCCCGUAGAGCCUCUCUCCAAGUCCCAGAGUCAGGGAUCCUUCCUGCCGUCUCCCAUCCGGGAUUCUCCGGUUCCGCCACUGAAGUCUUACGGACCGCCGCCGCCUAUGAUGAUCCGACCGCCCAAUGGCCACCCGCCCAUGAUGCUGCCAGAGCCGCGCUUCAGACCGCCACACAUGGACUCAUACGGCCCUCCUCCAAUCGGCCCGUUUGGACCUGUACCGCCACCGUUUGGACGAGGCCCGCCGUUGGGACCGCUUCCUCCGCCGCCGCUCGGACCGCGGGACGUCCCGCCCGAGUUCUUCGGCCCUCGUGGACUCCCCCCUCGCCCCUUCCCUCCCGGACCUCUGCCGCCCCCCGGAGCCAUGAUCCCGCCUCCGUACGGCGGGCGCGGUUUCCCAGGACCCCCUCCGCUAAUCCCUCAGAGCUCCAGAGACGGCGAGGGGCGCGCCACACCAGCCAACAACCCACAAACGGAUGCGUCCCAUCAUCACAGCGAGCCUUGACAUGAGAACGUGCCGAUUCGCCAGCUUGACUUUGUUGGGUCCUGAUUCUUCUCAAUAUUUAACCAUCAAAAUCUGGUUUGGGUGGAAAAAACACUUAAUUUUGUUUGGAUAACACAUUUGUGACUGAAAUAAUGAGGGUUUUGAUUUUAUACAUUAGCAAACCUUUCCUAUGGAAAUAGUUUGAUUUAAAUAUGCAUUACAAUUGUUUUUCCGGUGGUUGUCAUGUGGUUUAAUUAUAAUCUCUACCACUCGACCCAGUGCUGAUGCAUUCUGGGAUGUCAAACCGAUAUUUAGGUAAGUCACGAAGCCAUUUCCUCAUGCCUUUAAUGUGAGAGGACUCUGAAGAGACUUUACAUAUUUUUAUGCCUUUUCACCAUUUUUGAACGCCCAUAUUACCGCUUUUAGUCUGAUGAAUCGCCAGCCCACGUGAUUAUUUGCCAGCUCGCCUGUGUUUGUUUUAACGUUUGAUUCGUCGUGCGUCUGCUCUUAUGAUUUCUUUUCCUAGCGGAAAGGCACAUAUGAUGUCAUAUUGACAAAGUAUUUGUACAUUUCUUUCAGCUGCGUCUAUACACAAUAAAAUAUUCUCACAAAUCAGGCACAAUAGAAACGGAUGAACGUUGCGUGUUUGUGCAUUCAUAGUCAACAGGUGAUUUAAAUGUAUUAUUGGAUAUUGCAUGAUGAUGAAACACGAGCAGAAUGAAUUUUUGACACUGUUUGAAUUGAUUGACAGUCACGUACUGUAAAAACAUUCAUGAAAAUGAAUCUCAUUCGAUUCACGCUGGAAUAAUUUCACGAGCAAGUGCCGCACAUUCAUCGCAAAUGAUUCAUUGAAUUGCAAUAAUUUAUAUAUUGAAACUAUUAAUUCCCAGAAUGGUUUUACCCACAGAAAAUCUGCUUGUGUUUCAUGAACGAGGCCCAUUAAUGAUGUUCUCUGGGUUUCUGAUGCAAUGCUUUUGGAAUCAAAAUACUCCAAAUCCAUCAACCUUUUUUGUCUUAUUUUUUUGGCAUAUAUUGUUUUGUUUGAUAUUAGAGUAAAUUAUUUUAGGAAGUGUGUUGAGAGGAUGUAUCUUGUGCGCAGUAAGAGUGUUAGCAUCAUGUGUUGAAGUCCUGGAAAAGAAACCGUUUUAAAAAUGUGACAUUGAUUUCACAGGAAGGCGUUGAAUAAAGCUGCAUUUUUCCUGUA